AUGACCGCGCAGGAGAAGCCGCAAAUUCUGCACACGAUGGCCGAGCUCGUGCGAAGCAAGGGCUACGAGGCCGAAGAACACGUGGCCACCACAGAGGACGGUUACGUGCUCAGCCUGCAGCGUGUGCUGAGCGGUGGAGGACGACCUCCUGGACCACCGGUCUUGCUCGUCCAUGGACUGCUAUCUUCGGCUGUUGAGUGGGUCAUCAACUACCCACAUCAAAGCCUCGGAUUCCUGCUUGCAGACGCUGGUUACGACGUGUGGCUUGGAAACUACCGCGGAACGCCUUACUCGAGGGGUCACCUGGAGUACAGUGACAGCGAGAGCCGCUAUUGGGAUUUCCGUCUGGAUGAAGUUGGUCUGCUGGACUUACCCGCCCUUGUGGACUACGUGCUGGCACGCACUGGAUGGCCGCAACUGUUUUUGGUGGGAUUCUCUCAAGGAAACACGGCAGCAUGGGUGAUGCUGGCCGACAAGCCACAUUACAACGAUAAAAUACUGCUGCUGGUCGCCCUCGCACCCGUAGCGAACAUGACGUUAAUCCGAAGCCCAGUGCGUCUUCUAGUUCCUAUCUCGCCGCUUCUCACGGCAUCGGCCAUCGCUCUCAACCGUGGUCGGCUGCUCGUGCGACCGCAGUGGUUGCGCCGUGUCGCCUACGCGCUGUGCGAGUCGCCCCUUCGCUACGCCUGUGCCCUGCCGACCUUCCUCCUGUUCGGCUUCAACCCGAACCAGCUCAAUCAGAUCAUCCGAGCAAGGAACUUCGUCAAGUACAAUUAUGGGCCCCUUAGGAACUUGGACUUCUAUGGCACAGUGAAAAGUCCGGCCUACGAUUUCUCGAAGAUUACAGCUCCAGUGGCACUCUUCAGCGCCAGCAAUGACUUCUUUGCUAACCCUGAAGAUGUUUCCACACUUCGGAGGAGCCUGCCGAAUGUGGUGCUUGACUACGUUGUUCCAGAGCUGGAAUUCACGCACUUGGACUUCGUUUUAGGCACCGAUGCAGCUACAGUCGUUUACAGGCCACUCAUCGAUUUUAUGAAUUAUUGGAGGCUUUUGUAUGCGGCAUGAAGGCAGCAGCUUAUCAAUAGUAUUGGAAUUAACCAAUUGUGAAAUAGCCUUGACUGAAAUUGUGAAAAAGCAUGAAUAAACAUCCUCACCAAGUAGUACGUAAA